UCAGUGUCGACGACCUUGUUCGACCUCGUCGUGUGGUGCACAACUCGAGGUCCAGUUUGUGGAGCAAGCUGCUUCGAGGAUUCCGCCAGAGCAAUUCUCAGAUCGCCCUUAUUGCUCCGAAUUGCCUGCAGAAAAUGGAGAACAAAUCACCAAGAGGAAGCCGGUGGAUUUUUAUCGAAUUUAUCAGAAUCCUUGUGGAUGAGGCGAACACAAGAAAAUAAUCCAAAGAUACACAUAUAUAAAUUUCCUUGAAGCUAUUUCAUUAUUUUGCGGAUAAGAAUAAGGAAGUCAAUAAAGUGAGAUGAAUUCUCUCUUUCUCAUCGAAGAAGAAGAAGAAGAAGAAGAAGAAAAAAAAAAGAAGAAGAUCCAGGUAGGAUUUUCGCUAAAACGGAUGAAUCGCACGAGUCAAUUCCGGAGACUGUGGCUUCAUCGCCAUUGGGUGAAGGGAGAGCAGAAUCGGAGAGAGAUUAUCAGAGAAGACUGGUGCCCCACCAGAUUAUUUCUCUCCUCCAAGCAUCUCUCAGUCACUCAAGAAUGCAAAGUUAACUAUAUACAUAUAAUAUCGAGAUAUUCAAAUCGCCACGAGAUUUUCAGCCUCCGGAUUUACAGUGAUCGGCACAUGAAGAAUGCAGAAGCCACGCUGAUAUGGCGAAAAUAGAAAAUUAUUCAAGCUUCACUUGUAAAGUGGGAUAUUUUAGAAAUUUACCAGAACAUGCAUCAUCAUUUCUAUAGUGAUGUAUGUUGCGUUAUCAUUGAUCUAGGAUCGUAUCUGUCUUAUUACUACAUGUUGAGAGCAUAAAAGAGGGACCACUUGUAUAAAUUUAUGUAUUAUACAUUAUAAUUUAAUAAAAAAAAAAUUAACCUUU